AUGUCACGACCAAAUCCCAACCAAAAUGUUUCCUUCAAGGACGAUCUACCCCCCUCAAGACGCCAAAACAGUCAUCAAGAUCAGCCCCCUCGACCACCAGCCAAGAACCUCCCUUCUAAGAACUCUUUGACCACCACAGUGUCAGUCAAUUCAUCCGGAUACAACGCUGAGACGCUUGGCUAUGACGACAAUGGCUACAAUGAUGCUGGAGCGCUAAAUCCUCAAGGUUUUUCUGCAUCAAAUGGUGCAGACAUGAGAAGGAAGAAGAGUCUGGUUCGACCAGAGCGAGAGAGGAUUGAUCCCAACCACAGGCUUUGGCACUACCCUAAUAUCGUAGCCACUGGUAAUCAGCCAUACCUUCCUGGUCGAGGCGCCAAUCUUCGUCGUGGGAAAUCGCUGCUUGCAAGAGAUACCGACGAAACCGAUCACCAGUCCGGGCUCAACAUCUUUAAGCGAGGUGCAACAAUCAGGCGAAGAGCUUCUCAAGCGACUCCUCGACAACCUCCCUCCGGCACUCAGUCUAAUCGAGCGGGUGCUGGUAGCUCGCGAGAAUCGGAGGAGAAGCUUGGAUGCCUUGGUAAUUUCGCCCCUGGUCCCAAGGAUGCAUGGAUGGUUUACUGCUACCUGCUCACAUUCCUCGUCCCUGGAUUCGUUUUAAGAAACGUCUUCGGCAAACGAACACCGGAAGCUCAGAGAGCGUGGAGAGAGAAAAUGGGAAUAGUCGGUAUUGUCGCUGGUCUUAUGGCUAUCGUCGGUUUCGUCACCUUCGGUUUUACACAAACAGUUUGCGGCAACACUCAAUUGCGAAUUGCUGGUGGACAAGCCAAUAAUGGGUCUCUGGUCAUUAAUGGUUACGAUUACGAUCUCGCCAGCUGGCAUCACCCCGCCGCCGGUACCACUUUCAACGGUACUACGAGUCCCUUGUAUAUGGAUCAAUACAUGGCUGGUGGCAAAGACGCUAGUUUUUUGUUCCAAAAAGUAAAUCAACAUUGUCUUGGUAUCAUCACUCCUGCUACUGAGACCGGCAUCACCCAUUCAGGCAAUAAUAUGGCUUGGUAUUUGCCUUGCAACCUACAUGACCAGAACGGCACUUCGGGAGCCAAUCUCACAGGAUAUUCGGAUUCGCUCAAUUGCCAUACCAGCGACGCAGCUAGAUCAUCAUUCCAAGCCAGAGUCCCGACAGCGGAGAUCUACUACACUUGGAACAGAGUGAAAGAUGAGUCCAGGAAUUUGGCAGUAUACAAAUCCGUUGUUGUCGACAUGAAUCUCCUGCAAUGGCUCGACAACACGCAAGUCAGUUACCCUGCCUUCUUUGAUACCAUCAAAUCGAGAAAUGAGACUUUUGCUGGAAAGGAUAUCACCGCCUUCAUUCAAAGAAAUGGUUUAGAACAAUACGCUCAAUGCAUGUCGGACAUCAUUCAAGUUGGUUUUGUGGACAGUAUCUCAAUCGGAUGUGUGGCUUCGGAUAUCGUGCUAUAUGUCUCUUUAGUAUUUAUCCUGGGUGCUGUCGGUAUCAAAUUCGGUAUGGCGGUGGUUUUCGGAUGGUUCUUGAGUUGGAGAUUGGGGAAUUUCGAAGGCGAAAGUUAUCAACAGAGGAUGAAACGAGCAGCGGAGAUUGAGAAUUGGACAGAUGACAUCUACAAAGCUGCUCCAGGUUACCUGCGACCCAAUGCUGCUAACAAGAACGGUACUGGAGGGAACUCAAGGAAGACAGUGUUUUUACCGACCACUUCAAGAUUUAGUCGAGCCGAGCCUAUGUUGGUAUCUUCUUCAAGACCUUCAACCGCUUACGGGAUGGCUGCAGACUCACGACGCCAAGCUGCAAGCGUAUAUGGUGGAAAAUUGGCCCCGGGUAUGCACACGACCCCCCCUGGAUCUCCGAUGCUGCGAAAUUCCAGGAGUUCCACUUCCCUCCCAUUCAGGGAUGAAUCUCAUCAAUCUUUAUCAGAUCAGUCAACAAACAACCCAAGCAAUUGUCCUUUUCCUCUCGGUAAUGUCGUUCCACAACCCUCCCCUGAUUUCGAACCAUUCAGGUUCCCGUUGGUGCAUUCCAUAUGUUUGGUCACCGCAUAUUCCGAGUCAAUUGAAGGUCUAAGAACGACUCUCGACUCCCUUGCGACAACCGAUUAUCCAAAUUCACACAAACUCAUUUUGGUCAUUUGCGAUGGUAUGGUGAGAGGCUCAGGCUCGAAGCAAUACACUCCCGAUAUUGUGCUUGGAAUGAUGAAGGAGCUCAUCGUACCAGCAGAAGAGGUUGAAGCGCAUUCUUACGUUGCCAUAGCGGAUGGUCACAAAAGGCACAACAUGGCAAAGGUUUACUCGGGAUUUUAUGAUUACGACUCGGAAACGGUGGAGCCUUCCAAGCAACAACGAGUACCGAUGGUCCUUGUAGCAAAGACCGGUAAUCCACUAGAAGCGAACGAUGCUAAACCUGGAAACCGAGGAAAACGAGAUUCGCAGAUCGUUCUGAUGAGUUUCUUGCAAAAGGUUAUGUUCGAUGAAAGGAUGACGACAUUCGAGUACGAGUUCUUCAAUUCGAUUUGGCGAUGCACCGGCAUCCCGCCUGAUAGGUAUGAGACGGUAUUAUGUGUGGACGCGGACACCAAAGUCUUCCCCGAUUCUCUUACGAGAAUGAACGCUUGUAUGGUGAAUGAUCAUGAGAUCAUGGGGUUAUGUGGAGAGACAAAGAUAGCUAAUAAAUCGGAAACAUGGGUGACAAUGAUUCAAGCGUUCGAAUCCGUCUUUGGAGGUGUCACUUGUCUUCCCGGUUGUUUCAGUAUGUACCGGAUCAAAGCACCGAAAGGCGAUAGAGGAUAUUGGGUUCCGAUUCUUGCCAAUCCCGAUAUUUGCGAGCACUAUUCGGAGAAUGUUGUUGAUACCCUUCACAAGAAAAAUUUACUGCUCCUUGGAGAGGAUCGAUAUCUGUCAACCCUCAUGCUCAAGACGUUCCCGAAAAGGAAAAUGGUAUUCUGUCCUCAAGCGGUUUGCAAGACCAUCGUACCUGAUACUUUUAGGAUUCUACUCUCGCAGCGUCGUAGAUGGAUCAACUCGACGGUCCACAACUUAUUCGAGCUCAUGUUGGUCCGAGAUCUCUGCGGAACUUUCUGCUUUUCCAUGCAAUUUGUCGUCUUUAUGGAUCUCAUAGGUACUUUGGUUUUACCUGCGGCAAUCAGUUUCACCUUGUAUAUCAUUAUCAUCGCAAUCAUCCCGGAAUCAGUAACUCAUAUGCCCCGACCUACCGUCUCGCUCAUUCUCCUUGCCUUUAUCUUGGGUCUUCCUGGUGUGUUGAUCGUCAUCACAUCAAGGAAGGUGGCCUAUGUGGGCUGGAUGCUCAUGUAUCUGCUCUCGCUCCCGAUUUGGAAUCUGGUUUUACCCGGUUACGCUUAUUGGCAUAUGGAUGACUUCUCUUGGGGAGAAACGCGAAAGAUCGCAGGAGAAACUAAAGAAGCAUCCCAUGGAGAUAAGGAAGGAACGUUCGAUUCAUCUCAUAUAGUUAUGAAACGAUGGGUUGAGUUCGAGCGGGAGAGAAGAUGGAGGAACGGAACGGAGUCGAGGGACUCGAGGUAUUAUGAUGUAGUACAGAGAGCAAAUUCUCCCAAGGGAUACUCAGUCGUCUCCACAAGCGAAACUUUCAACAGCGGAUUCGGUACAAACGAGAUUGGUACAACGGAGAACAAUCCUCUAUUCCGUCAAUCACAAAGCUUUGGUUCCAUGAGUCAAAUGGUUCCCAGUCCCGAAACUCAUUCAGCUAGUAUGUCUCAGCUAGCUUUGCCACCAGCACGAGGUGUCUCUUUAAAUCAAGAUCGAUCCUCUGGUUCUGCUGAGUCCAGUGGUUCCAAUACGCUGGAACGGGGCAACAGCGACGAUCCCAGUUAUGGUCACGGUUAUCAGUCGUAUCCCAAUGAAUCAUAUCAAGACGAUGCCGAGCAGCCAAUCUUACCACCAAACUAUCUCCCUCAAGCAAGGACUCCAGAACCAGCUAAUUUCUCAAAUGUCAUUUACGCUGAGCCCGAACGAUCUCGCCGACCUUCUCAACGAGGUGUGUCACUUGUAGACACUGGACCUGUCCGUCAGGUUGCACCCCACGAUCCUGUCCGAAGGGUAUCAAGGCAUCAAAGAAGAAGUUCAUCGAGAAAUCAACUUGUCAGCCCCAUCUCUUCGGCAAGCGGUCAUGGAAACCUCCCUCCAGGUGCUGCACCGCCUUCUUAUUAA